AUCGACCAACUCCAGUCCCAAAACCAGUGGUCUACGCCUUCCUUCUCAUGAUUACUUUAAUUCUAAUCGCACCAUUCACCAAAGAAUCAAGUGAAUUACCUUAUGUCAUUUCUAUAUGCGCGAUCGGCUUAGCUGUUACUGCUUGGUACUGGAAAUAUUACGCAUGUAAUUCGAUGCCUUGUGCACAGGAUAGCGAAAUAGAAACGGAAAUUAAUUAUGAAGAGA